AUGGUAGUAGUUCCCUUCAUGGAACCGGAUGGUUCGCUUGCCGUUGACGACGGAAUCCAUGUUGACACAUCCUUCGACGAAUUUCUCGACCUUCGGUCUGCCGGACGCAUCCUUGGUCCACUCCCAGGCCGCGUACACUGGAUCCCCGACAGCGAAGCCCUUGGGGAACACGAAAGUGCAGGUCUCGUUGACGGCGUAGUUCAACCAGUUGAGCUUGCCCCGAUAGACCUUCAUUGUGGAGUAGGUAGAUGGAUGGAUAUGGGACUAAGAAGUCGAAAGAAGAUGAGAAGAGUACUUUGA